GUGUCUGUGGGAGUCUGUCUCUCUGUCUGCAGGAGUCUGUCUGUCUCUGUGUUAGUCUGUGGGAGCAGCCCCUUCCCACCUCCCCUCGUCCUUCUAUCCCUUCCCUUCCCCUGCCGACACACCCCCUUCCCAUCCCCCAAGUGAGAGUCGUUUGGCGGGGGAGCAGCGGCAGGCAGUAAUGAUAGCGUGAUAAGUGGUUCAUUAGUAGACGUUUAAUUACACGGAAGCAGCUAUCAGCGCGUGGCCGCCAGCGUGUGUUUAGCGGGUCUCGCUAGAUAAAGAAAUCCUUCCGCUCAAGUGAUGUAAUGAGGAAUAAAUCACAGAGCUCGUGGCUCUCCGGUGUAAUAAACAGCUCUCGUUAGCCGCCAUUCACAAUUUUCCGUUCAAAGACGCACAAUUACGCGGCGCGACCGCCCUCCGAGCCUCCAAUUAUAGCGUGAUCAGCCCGGAUCCCACUCUAUAAAAUUUGAGUUUGUGUGGCAUAUUGAAUGAAAACACUGAGGCUUCUUCGACACUUAUAUGGCAACAGCAUUCGGGUUAGUGUAGGACCAAUCACAGCGCGCCAUUGAUUCUGGGCGCCACCAAUCAGCGCCUGAGUUGCUGACUGCUAGCCGCCCGGAGGCGUUGCCAAACAGAUUCAUAUAUAUCGUUCAGUUUUACUGUGUUUUGAAACUUAAAUCUCUCUCUUGGUAGAAUUAAGAGUCUAACUAGAGAGUUUUGUUGCAAAUGCAGCUAUAGAUUAUUCAAAUAGCAUAGCACAAUAAAUCCAUAUGUUAUAGGUUGUUUUGGGGGACGUUGUAGAGCGCAUUUCAACAGAUAUAAGAUUCUAAAUAUUGAAACCGCUUAUGAAAUACAAUGAAAAUCUUGUCACAAACUGCGAGGAAGGAUAUCCGAGGGGAGGCACUUGCCUAAUGGCAUCAUUUUCUGCGCCAAUUUGCUCACAAUUUGAAUAGAAAUUAAGUGUUUACGCACCCGCAUCAAAAUCUUUUGGUCUCUUACGUCACCACUUUGGUUGAGCCAAUGAGAGCGCGCCGGCACCCGAGGCCCACCAAUCACCGGCCACCGCUGCUGAAAAGAGAAGAUUUGCGGUAAUAUACAUUGAAUUGUUGGUGUUAUCGUCGACAUUUGACGCUAAGAUUGAUAUUGGGAUGUGUAAACAAGGCUGUGACACACCUCGCCCUACCUCCAGCGACACAGCACGUCUCUGCCGCCUCCACCAGCCCUCAGACCUGGAGCUGCAGGUUUACGCAGGGUCUUGUCACUACUGAAGAUCCCUACUGAAGACCUAUUAGGCGGGAGAGGCGUUAGGCGCAACGAUAUCCGUACUGGACGAAAGAGUUGUGUAGAAAAGACUCUAUCACAGGACCUAGGGAGGUCACGUGUUUCUCCAAAGGACUCUAGAAGGGUCUAACCACGUGGUCAAGAGUACCUAAGUUUACGUGUUCCACCACAAUACACAGGAGGAGUACCACGGUACCCAGGGAGAUUUACCAUAGAUCACUUGGUCAUACCAACCAUUUCGCCUUCCAAAUUAGGCACUAAGAGCUGUCUGCAGCUUAAGAAAGUGCCGAAAUCAGCCACUGAGAGUGCCAAGCGCCACGGUUUAAACAUGUGCCGUAGUCAGUUGCCCAGGAUGAGCUGUAAUCCUUCAUAGAGAGGUCCUAGUGUGCUUCUGUGAGCCAGGGGAACCAUGUGUGUGAGUUGAGACUUGGCUAAUUAGACUUUUUUGGCCGUGUGUGUCGAAGUAGACUUUGUGUGAAGGACUUGAGAUGCUCCGAGCUGGUGGUGCUGGUCUCCUGCUGGUGUAGUGACUGACACACACACACGCACACACACACACACACACACACACACACACACACACACACACACACACACACACACACACACACACACACACACACACACACACACUACAUACACGCACAAAAUGAGUGGCAACAAGUCCUUUCUGAUUCGUGAUCUGUUAGGGGAUGUGCUUGGAGGUUCGGCCGGACACCGCCUCGUCCAUCACCUGGUCCAGGACACCAGCUGCCACUCCCCAUCAAUCACCUACCCCAGCUCCCCGGGGGCGCCGUCCCCCCCGGGGGCGCCGUUCCCUCCGGGGGCGCCGUCCCCGCCGGCGUCUCCCCGUCACCGAAAGAAUGAUGAACUCCGACGCUCCCCUCAACCAGAUGUAGGCGGUAUCUUACCGGAGUGCCACGCGAACUCUCCCUCAUCUUCACCUACGCCCAUAUCCGCACUCUCCACGCCCACGAUAACCACUUCACUUACCACGGCUUCGACCCAACCUCUGGCGAAGUCCUCUCCGCCCACCAUCCUCACCACGCCCACGGUAACCAAGCCCGCCCCAGCAACACCCGCCAGCCCGCCCCUGUUGGAGGCCUCGCGGUCCCCAGGCUUGGAGGACCCGCCUGAAGACGCCAUCGGCGACCUGGACGAUGACGAUGAGGCUAUGGAUGGCGUGAAGCGCGAGGACGACAAGAAGAAACCUCGUCGCCGCAGGACGGCGUUCACUCACGCCCAGCUGGCCUACCUGGAGAGAAAGUUCCGCGUUCAGAAGUACCUGAGUGUCGCCGACAGGUCCGACGUGGCCGAGGCUCUUAACUUGUCCGAGACGCAGGUCAAGACCUGGUACCAGAACCGCAGGACUAAAUGGAAGCGACAGAACCAGAUGCGUCUGGAGCAGCUGCGACAAAGUGCAGGAGUUGGGGUGGAGAAGGACCUCUUGGGAGGAGGCGGAGGUGAACGCAGCUCUCCUGCUGAUUCCCUGGGCGUCGUGGCUCCUACCUGCUGCCCUCCUUAUUUCCUGCCUCCUGUAGACCGUUCCUGCUUUAUCACUACUGCUGGUCUCUUUACCCGCCUCCCCUACACCUCCUCUUGCCCUUUGUGACCCCUUCCUGACCCCUGACCCCUCCCCUACACCCCCUCUUGCCCUUUGUGACCCCUUCCUGACCCCUGACCCCUCCCCUACACCCCCUCUUGCCCUUUGUGACCCCUUCCU